CGCAAACGGUGGGGCCUGCGCGCACGCGCCUUUCCUUGAUGUUGGAAUGGGCAGUAGAACCGGCUUCCCUACUUCCUGUCAAAGCGGAAAGAGGACGAGCGGUGGGGGGAACGAGGGAGAAGGGCUGAAGCGAGAGCGGCAGUACGAGGCAAAGGAGUCGGGGAGGAAAAGGGCCGGGCCCGGCGGCUCCGCUGUAGGCAGGGGAGAGAAUGAACUGGCUCUUCCCGCUCUCCAAGGGGGGCAGUGGCGGCGGGGCCGGGGCCGCCUCGUCCUCCGCCGCCUCUGGCGGGGCCCCGCUGCCCUCGACCCUCACCAGCCUCCAGCAGCAGAAGCAGCGGCAGAUCGAAUCACUGCGCAGCGCCCACACCGCAAUAGCUGAAAUACAGAAAGAUGUGGAGUAUCGAUUGCCAUUCACAAUAAGCAACCUGACCAUUAAUAUUAACAUCUUGCUUCCCCCUCAGUUCCCUCAGGAAAAACCAGUCAUCAGUGUUUUCCCUCCAAUACGACAUCACUUAAUGGACAAUCAAGGAGUGUAUGUGACCUGCCCAUUAAUAAGCAACUUCACAAUGCACUCGGAUCUUGGGAAAAUUGUUCAAAGUGUACUUGAUGAGUUUUGGAAGAAUCCUCCUGUUUUGGCUCCCAACUCCACAUCAUUUCCCUACCUUUACAACAAACCAGCUGGAAUUCCUUCCUAUGCUCCUCAGAACUUCCCGUUCCUUUCUCCAUAUCUGCUGCAAGAAACAAAUAGGUCUAUACCAUCUGUGCCACUUGCAGAAUCCCUUUCUUCAGGCUUUGCUACAGACAGACCUGCUGCUCCUUCCUGUGGUAUGAUAACAGAGCUUCCAUUGCCUGUUCCAACAGCAGAAACCUUUUCGCAGGGGAGCCAAAAUGGAUUCAGUUACAAGAUGCCCGAUGUUCCUGAGGCAUUUCCAGAGCUGUCAGAGUUUAGUAUAUCACAGUUGACAGACAUGAAUGAGCAAGAAGACAUACUGCUUGAACAAUUUGUUAAUCUGCCACAGUUGAAGCAAGUCAUUAAUGACAAGGACGACCUAGUAAAAAGUAUUGAAGAGCUAGCAAAAAAAAAUCUAUUGUUGGAACCUAGCCUGGAGUCAAAACGACAAGCUGUGUUGGAUAAAUAUGAACAGCUGACUCAGUUGAAGGCCACAUUCGAAAAAAAGAUGCAGAGGCAGCAUGAACUUAGUGAGAGUUGCAGCGCAAGUGCUCUGCAGGCAAGAUUGAAAGUAGCUGCACAUGAAGCUGAAGAGGAAUCUGAUACUAUUGCAGAAGACUUUCUGGAAGGGAAAACAGAGAUAGAUGACUUUCUUAGUAGCUUCAUGGAGAAGAGAACAGUUUGCCACUGUAGAAGAGCCAAAGAAGAAAAGCUUCAACAGACAAUAACAAUGCGCAGCCAGUUCCAUACUCCAUUAUAGAUUUCCAGCCAACUAGUUUUCAAGGCAAGAGAACAAAUCCAGCAAAGCACAUUUUCAUAUAUCUAUUAUUUUGCAAAUACGCAUUUCACCAUGGUUGUAUUUAUAGUACAGACUGUAUACAGAGUUGGGAUGGUUUUUUGUACAAAUUAGAAUGUCUUUAUAUUCUCAUUUUAUCCAAGACAGACUUCUACUGUAAUUUUUGCACUAAUAUUUCCUGUAUUUAUUAUUGAUAAUCCUUACCAUAUUUACGUUCUUGCUGCUAUCUCCAUCUAUUUUAUAGAUUAAAUAUCUAAACAUGUAAUUUGACUAUAGAUUUUUAAAUUUUAUACAACAUAAUUCAUACCUUUUAUAUUAAACAUUGGCUGAUUCAGUUUGAGGGGCAUACAAAUGUUGGUUACUUAAGUGAGUUGCAGAGUGUUGUGAGGCAAGAUGCAUCUGCACAAGACAGUUUCAAAAUUCCACUUCUUGAAACCAGGUUUUCAACCAUUUUUAUUUUGUGUUGACAAUUGAAAUCAAACUGGUGGCUAGGAGACUACAAGCUCAAGCACUGCCUUGCAGCCCACUGAGGAGAAGACAGUCAAUUGCCUGCACCUAGGACUAGAAAUUCUGAAAAGAAAAAUCUGAUGUUAACACCCUUUACACGCUUCACGAUCUUGCAGUUCACUUCCUUUGGGAAGCAACACUUCACAGCACAGAUGAUUUCACAGGUCACAUCAAACAAAGGAAGAUGUUGCUUCUUUCCUUGCCAUCUCCUAGUUCCACAUGUAAAUUGUAAGAAGCAAAAGAUGCAGGAGUGCAAGCAGAUCGUUCCGUUACCAUAGUAUUUGUUCCACUUCUGCAUACAGCUUCAUUUUGCACUUCAGCGUAUGCAGAAGAACCUUAUUGAAACCAAGAUGAGGGGGUAUGAUGACAGUGUAUAUAAACAGAUGGGGGCCCUGGGCAUAUGAAGCUAUUCCUCCAUCUCAGUAAGACAAGUAAAUAAGCUUGUGCAUAUGUUUGUUCUGUGUUAAAGUGGUACCUUGUCGAAAUAACAGCAAUUCAGCCUCUUUUUACAGCUGAAAUUCAGGAUAUACUAUUUCUACUAAAAGUAAAACCAAAGAAUCUGUUGUCCUAUAAAAACAUUCUAAAUUGCCAUCUUACCUCAUGGUGCUGUAGAUGAGGUCAUCACUCUUGCAAGGAACUCAAACUACUUCAUAGGUAUUACAUUCUUGAACUCUAUUGUUUUCUUCCGUACUUAGGCAAAUUGGAAAAUGAUGACUUAGCAGAUAAAUGUAUCAACUUGAAAUUGGUUGGGUGUUUUUUUCCUUGUGUCACUCAACUCUGUUAUCUAAUAAACUUCCUUUCCCUGGGUGGCUGUAAGGGAUUUUCAAAAGGUUUAUGUAUGGAUAGUUGGAUUUAUAAACCAGAAUUUCAGAUUCUACAAAUGGGGGAAAUAGCUGUAGAGUUCAAAUUUGUGGGACUCCUCUUGACAAUGUUGAGUCUUACAUUGGAAAUAAAUAGUCUGAUGGAACAAA